GCAGUAGCAUCGGAGGAGCCGGCGGCGUCUGCGGCCCAGGGUAGCUACGGCGACGGGGCUCCUUCCCUGCCGCGCUUCCCGGCUGCCGCGCACCUCCCUGUCAGUGUUACCGCCCCGGCCUGUGACCAGGAUGAGAGUAGUGGCUUUGAUCAGUGGUGGGAAGGACAGCUGUUAUAAUAUGAUGCAGUGUGUUGCUGCUGGGCAUCAGAUUGUUGCUCUAGCAAAUUUAAGACCUGCUGAAAACAGAGGGCAGACUGAUGAAUUGGACAGCUAUAUGUAUCAGACAGUAGGACACCAUGCCAUUGACCUGUAUGCUGAUGCAUUGGAUUUGCCACUCUAUCGUGGUUUCAUUAGGGGUACCAGCGUAAAUACUGGGAAAGUGUAUACGGCAUGCCAGGAAGAUGAGGUUGAAGACCUUUACCAUCUCAUGAAACUUGUUAAGGACAAAGAAGGAGUGGAGGGCGUAUCUGUGGGAGCCAUUCUUUCUGACUACCAGAGAGUUCGAGUUGAAGAUGUGUGCAGAAGGCUUAAUCUUCAGCCUUUAGCUUACCUUUGGCGUUGGAACCAGGAAAUGUUGCUUAAAGAAAUUAUAUUAUCUAACAUUCAAGCCAUAAUCAUAAAAGUGGCAGCUUUUGGUUUGGAUCCAGAUAAGCAUCUAGGAAAAACUCUAGAUCAAAUGGAGCCUGUUCUGUUAGAGCUCUCUGAGAAAUAUGGAGUCCAUGUUUGUGGAGAAGGUGGAGAAUAUGAAACAUUCACUCUGGACUGCCCUCUGUUUAAGAAGAAAAUAGUUGUAGAUUCAUCCAAGGUGGUUGUGCAUUCAGCUGAUGCAUUUGCACCUGUGGCCUACCUUCAAUUUUUAAAAUCACACCUGGAGAAUAAGGAGGAAUCUUCAGGUACUUUUGUGGUUAGUAGCUGUUCUUGUGAGAUAAGCUGCACUGAUGACGAUAUUUUCCCUUCAUCGGAAGAGGAUGAACCACAGAAAACCAUUCCAGUCAUCUGGAAGUCUUUGAAACCUAAUUUUUUGGAUUUCACUAAGAUGUUUGAAAGUUCAGGAAAAUCCCUGAGUGGUUACCAGUGGUUUUCCGGUAUCACUGCCUACUUCCUUCCAUCAAAAGACACAAAUGCUCAAGAUGCAGCACGGGAAGCAUUUUCUUCUCUCAAAGCUAAUAUGACUUCAGAGGGAUUGAAACUGAAGGAUAUUAUUUUGGUUCAUCUGUAUAUGAAGAGCAUAAAAGAUUUCAGUGUUAUAAACUCAGUUUAUGAGACAGAAUUUGAUUUGUGUCCACCAGCAAGAGUAUGUGUUGAAAUGCCAUUACCUGAUGGAGUACUGUUUUGCAUUGACUGCCUUGCACAUAAGUACGACAUUGCAACGGAUGAUGUGUUACAUGAUGAAAAGCUGGUCAUGCAUGUACAGAGCAUUUCCCACUGGGCACCUGCUAGCAUAGGACCUUACAGUCAGUCCAUCAAGGUUGGAGAUGUUCUCUACUGUGCUGGACAGAUUGCUCUGGUACCUUGUACGAUGCAGCUUGUUAGCGGUGGCAUACGGACAGAGGCUGUAGUUUCCCUCCGUCAUGUUGAGCGAGUUCUUCAAGCUAUGAGCCAGAAGACUGCACUCCAUCACGUCAUCACAGCCAGCUGCUAUGUAACUCACAGCAAGCACAUUCCUAUUGCUCACUCUCUAUGGCAGAAGAAAUUAAGAGAAUGUAAAAAGGAAGAAGACUCAGAAACGCAUCAUGAUGAAACUGCAGUGUGUGGGUUGCUUACUGUGGUGGUAAUACCUCACCUCCCCAGAGAUGCUGCCAUUGAAUGGCAUGUUAUUGCAGUAGUUGAUGAACCACUCCAAAGAAAACAUUUUGCAAUGAAGAUGUUGUCAGAGAGUUUCCAAAUUGAGUGUGAAUCUGUGGAGUCUAGUUCUGCAUCUUGUGCAUCAAUCUCUUUACGUCUGAGCUUGAUUUCACCAUCCACUUCUCCCCUUGAUUUAGAUGGACCUCUUCAUGACUUAGUUGCUAUGUUUAAACAAACUGUUGAGAAACUUUCGGAAGACUGCAGUGCGAGUCCUUUGUCCCUUAGAGCUUUCUUCAAGGAGCAUGUCUUUGAUGUGGAAACACUACAAAAAGGACUGCAAAAAUACCUUGAAAAAUAUCUGGAAGAGAAGGCCCCAGCUCUGAUUUUAGUACCUGUGGUGGAUUUACCUGGCAAGGAAGUUAUUCAUAUGACAUGCUGGCUAAGCUAGCAGUUUAAAAGAGUGUGGAGUGCCCAUGGACCAGAGACCCAAGUUGGACUGAAUCAGAAGAGAAGGAGAUGUACUUUCAGAAAGAUAAGGAUGAAGGUUAAGUUCUCAUUGAUACAUACAGAAACAAAAGAGAUGGCAUAAGUUUGACUGUGUCUCCUGUAGCAGUCAUUUUUUUCAUUGUGAGUUUAAAAAUGAUACUGAAACAUGUUGAUCUUGGCUUUUGUACUGUACUGCAUAUUUUAAGGUGGCAGGAUAUUUGCUCCAAAAGAAGCUAGCUUUUUCUGCAAAUCUUCCUGACUCAAUUGAUUUGUGACUCAAACUAGCCUCCUUUUUUUCCCAUUAGAGCUGCAUUGAGAAAUGGUAACUGAAUGCAUUGGGCUGAAAACUGUGUGAUCUAUUUUUCUCUCAACUGAAAGCAAACCUUUUCCUUUUUUGGGGGGGAACUAAAACUUUAACAGGUUUAUAUUGUUAAUUGCUAAAAAAGAAUAGUAUAGUUUGAUGACUUUUUCUCCUUGAGAGGCUUCAAACAGUUUUUAAGUGGUGUGAGUAACUAAAACGAUAAGCUGAGUCUAUGGUGUUUGAGGUAUGAAUGAGGCCAUUUGUUCAACAAUGAUAUGCAAGGUAGGUGAUUAAAGUGUUGUGCACCAUAUAGAGACCUAAGACUUUUAUAACAGAAAGAAAUAGCACCAUGUUAUCUGCCUUAUGCUGCUGUACUUUCUUCAUAAUUACUGGGUCCUACUAUGAAUAAGAUAUUUCACAGAGCUCUUUUGCACUUUGUAAUGAAAGUGCUAGCUGAAAAUGAGAGGUAGGGAGAUGGGCAUAGACACACACAUGCACAUACAUAUAUAUGUGUUUUAGUGAAAAGAGGAAAAGACAUCUAAUCCUCAAAAUUUAUAGAUGCAGGGGGUUUUUUGCUGUGUUUUUUUUAUAUUUUUUUCAAAGCAAGCUUGGUGGAGUGUUUACCCCAGCAAGUUUUAAUCUUGAGACUAUAAAUUCCCGUAUGUGCUAAAACACUGGUUUUGAGGACUUAAAUAUACACAAAAAUUCUUCUGUUCCUCUAAAUUUUAACUAAACCAGCAAGAGAAUGUUUUGUGUGCAUAUUACAUCACAAGAAGUUGGCUGAUCUAGACUCCAGCACUCAGAACACAGAAGGGCAAUGGAAUGAGUGGGAAAAUGUCUUUAAAAUGUAGCCCAAGGUUUUAAUUUUUCAUUCUCUUCUUAGCAAGUAUUAGAAUAUGUCUUAAACAUCUUUUCUGCUUCUUUUUUUUCCCAAAAAUAAUUUAUUUCUUGUUAUAGUUCUCUGUGUCUGUGAAACUUUGUCUCUUCCUCCUUUUAAAAGUCUCUGCAUAUCAAUUUCUUUAAUUGGUUGAAAGUAUGACCAAAUGGCACUGCAAGACCAAAACUGAUUUAGUAACUUUGCACUGUACUCAUUUCAAAACCCAGUGACAGCAACAGUACCAGUGAGCCUUUACAAUGCACGUGGCUAAGGUGCUAUAAAGGCACCAGAGCUGAUCUUCCUAAAUAGAUUUUAAAAUGACACUGAGAUAUUUUAAGCAGAGAUUAUUUAAUUUUUUUCCCUAUGAGUUUUACAGUUAGGUGAUUCAGGAGCUGAUUUGUUACACCAGAUAGCAUGGGCGCAUCUUUCCUCUUAGCCUUCAGAAGUCUGAUGAGCAUUGGAACAAGGAGGUCUCCUGAGUAUUAGAGAGGUAAUCUGAAGCAGCUCUUCUCCUUCAAGGACAUCCUAUUCAAUCCAUUAUCUCCUGUCUAUGUGCAGAGUCUAGUCUACCAAAAUACAGUGACUGAAUAAAACUUUUAUUUCAAAUAAAUGAACACACUGGUUUAAUAAAAGAUCUGUACUUCAUAGCGUAACAGUUCACUAAAUGAACAUAGAAAUCCUAAAGUACAGAAACUUUUUCAUGUGUCAUGUUUUCAUUUAACUUUUAAAGAAGUUAAAUAUUUGUUAUUUCAAAUCUUCGUUCGCAAAGCCUAGCCAUGAUGAUUUGUUAUUUCUUUCAGGAUGGGUUUGCUAAAGCAAACCUAUCUUAUUCUAUGUGUUAAAGUAAAACUGUUCUGAGCUCUCUGCGUACUAACCAGCACUUAAUAUUUAAGUAACCUGCUUUUACUAUUAUAAAUGUCUGGCAUUGAGAAUACAUAUUAAGAAUACUUGACAAUUUACUAAUUUAUGAUCUUUUUACUUGUAUUUUAAUACUUCUGGCAAGCCAGCCUGUGUUGAUGCAUUAGACAAACAUUCAAAAUAGAGACUUGAGACUUUGCAAGCUUAUUUUUUUCAACUUUCAUCUGAACACUGAAUAUUUUUGACCUAUUUUAAAUUUUAAUUUUAAAAAACAGACUGGGUACCUGUGAACUGAACUCAUAUGUUACAGGCAAGUGCCCUUUUACUGAUGAUUCACUGCUUACAAUUUCUUGGAUUUGACUUCUGUUGGAUUAAUUCAUGGCUAGGAUUUGCCUGUGAUUUCCUGCUUUUCUCAUUUUUUUAGAGCACUGUCUGCUUUUUUCCUACAUUCCCAAAUACACAAUUUGUUCUGAGGAUCUUCUCACAGGAUAUGUCACCAGCCCUAGUCUCCUUGCCUUGGCCUUGACUCUCCAUUUCAUUUGCAAUGUUUAAAAAACAUUUUUGGAUAUGUCUGCUCAUCCUCCGUUUCCUAUUAUGAGGCUGUUUUGUGACUGUAUCAACUAAUCCUAAAUCAUUUGGAAAUACUGUUUGCAUGUUUUAACCUGGAUGACAAGACUUACUGUCCACAGUGCAAAAAGGAUGUACUCAGAAUAGGUCAGAUUUCACAUUUGUUUUUCCCAGCUUUCAGAAAUUCCAACUCUUCUCUAAAUUACAAAGAUCCCUAGAUCAAAAGAAAAUAAAUGUUUCAGAACAAAAAAACAAGCUGAACUAAACACCCUGAACAAAUUGACAGAUGCUCCAAUCUUGUAACCUGUUAGGGGGCCUGUUAAAGUCAGGAGGCAUAGGUAGGAUCACACCACCCCUUUCCUGGAUAAGUUUAAGCAUGUCCUUUUGAUUUCUUGUGCCUCUAUUUCCAUAUUUGUAUGUUUUCUCACCCUUUCCAAGGUGCUGGCAAAGGCAUGCUAUGUUGUAGUCAUACAACCUGCAAUAGCAAAAAAUUUAGACUGAGUGAGCAGCACACAUGAGUGUGAAAGUAAUGUUGUAGUGGGAACCAGAACGAAUGUGAUCACAGAUAGGAAUUUGCAUGAGCACAAUCUGGAAAGCUUUUCUCCCAGCACACUGCCUGCAGCAGUCUCAGAUCACAGGAGAAGUCUAUAAUACAUCUAGUAACAUUAAUGAUACAUUUUACAGCAUGAUUAAUCCCUGAUGAUCCCAGAGAGCUUUACAAGUCCAUCACAUAAAAUUUGCCUGGGCCAUCACUGGGACAGCCACACACGUGCUAGGGACCUCCCCUCGCAGCAUGAGUGUGGGCAGGUCUCUGUGGUUAUGCUGCUGGGAGAAGAGCUCCUCCACUCUCAACAGUCCCCAAGUAGGGGUAUUUGCUUUGACAGAAGCCGCAGCUUUCAACCUCAAAGGCACAUUACCAGGCAGCUAGUGUUAUUACUUUCUGUUACUCAUGAGAAGACUUGUUCUGCUUUAGAUUUUGCCAUGAUACAGGGAGAAAAUCCUUUUUCUAUACUCCGUCAGGUAGCAGUCUCUUCUCCUUCUGCAACUCCCGCUACUGGCAGCUGUUAACAGUACUCUCUGACCAUAACAUCCCUGGUACAUCGUGGUAUUGCCAUAGCCCCACUUUUCAGGAAAGACCUCGUUUGUCUGAGAUGGAAGUUGUGCCAUUGCAUUACGGGUGCAAGCUUCUGCAAGCAUUGCUUCACCUUCACUGAAUCCCAUGGGUUUGCUGGUAGCUGCCCUGACAGUAAUUUAUUUUGUUGCUUAUAAAAGAGCAGGGGCCCAGAAGAAAGAAAUACAUUUCUCAGACGUAAGAGUUAUCUCAUUGCUACAAAGUUCAGUCCUAUUCUCAGACAUACCCAACCAUUCUGCAGCAAGACACAGAUACAUGCAGAUGUAGAGUCUUUUGUAACCAAAUUUCCACAGCUCCAGAGCUGGAUCUGUUAAGGUUCAAAGCAGGACGUGUUAAAGAAUAUGAACUAAUAGAAAGGAAACACAGACAAGAAGUCAUUGUCAAAGGAAUGAUAUUACUAGGAACUAGUGGAGAAGUCAAGCUAAAAAGGCAAACAACAGGUCUAGGGACCUAAGGGGUUUAUUCUUUAUUUAUGGGAUGUCUUUGAAGGAAAGGACCCUGGACUGCCUUUCAGUAUUGCUAGUUCUAACUAUAAAAGAUUAAUGCACGAAGAACAAAGAGGAAUAAAUAGAGUUGCCAGGAAAAAGAUCCAGAAGUGAACUUUAAAACACAUCUCUUAUCCCUUCAACAAGGUAUAAAACGGUAAAUGCGUGUUUUGGUCUGGCAUCUGAAGGUGAGGAUGCCUGAAAUGAGGGUAAUAUGCAAGAGAAGCCACCAGCUGUGUGCUAUCCUGCUGUUAGGAGACAUUUCUCCUGGGUGCUGCCACAAGGAAUGUGGUUAAUAGGUCUUGACUGGAGAGUUACAGCUAUGAAUGUGCUUCUCAUUUGUACCUUUCCUUGAUCAAGGUGCUACAGAGUGCUAAGAUGUUGAUUCAGGACUUGUCUUUCAUUGUUAUGGAUCUUGUUUAAAACCAACUAUUUAAAUACUGCAAAUCUGACUGUCUCAUAUUGCAGCUCAGAUUAGGCAAGCUAAAUGUGAUUCUUUAUGCAGUCCCCAGCGCAGACAAAAAGCUUUCUCAGGUUGCAAUCCUGCCACUCAUGUAAUUAUUUUAGAGAAAGACAGCUCAACUGCUUCAGCUUCAGUACUUCACAAGAGGAAUGGAAACAUUAGGAAAAGUUUUUUCUUUGAUGUAGAAUACGCUGCCAGUUUUUUGUUAUUAAAAUAGGAGCUAACUUUAAAUAAAUAAAAUUUUGCCUGGAGCCUUCUGAAAACUAAUGUUGUGUUUUGACAGUGUCAUUUUUCUGAUUCUUGAAAGCAUUAUGUGAGUUAGCUCAGGACUUUAGCAUGAUUUUUCUUCUAUGCUACAUACAGUGAAUUAUUUUUUUCAACUCUGGAUGUUAAUUGAUUUCUCUCUCAGACACAUGCAGAGUCACAGCACUGUACAACUUCCUUACUUAACAGGAACUCCCCAAAAUUGGGUUUUCCCCCUUUUAGAGGACAAGUGGAUCAACGCCCUGCAGUUUAUAGCAAAGUGGAGGCAGUUACCACUGUUUCUUAUUGGAAAAAUGGAUGAAAAGCAAUCAUCUUGAAAAAUAAGCUAAGGAAAUUAAGAAAUGUCACUCAAAACCCCCACAAGACAGAAUUUUGUUUAAAAAAACCCACACCAUAUUCAACAUGCAAAAUGUACGUAAUGCUUUAUUAAUUGGGCUUGUAGGUUUUAUAUCCCCUGAAUUCCUGCUUUUCUAUAAAGGAUAUUGAUGUAAAGAUGAUAUAGGACUUUGAGAACAAGCAGACAGUCUUUAAAUAACAGCUGAACUGAGACUCCUGUCUUUGAUGACAAUUUAUGGCCCUCUUUUAAAAAAAAAGAAAGUCAUUUAGGUGUAUGCUCAACUAGAAAACUCAAGUAAUGUGUGCUUAGUGAGAGAAAAAAGAUUGUUAACAGCACAAUGUAUCUUACAGCAUAAAGUGCACCCCUAAAACUGCACAUUGCUGAGCAUUCUUAAUGUGCUGUGAGCAAUUCCAUACACUGUAUUUCAAACAUUGAGUGCCCAGUCUAGUAUGUACCUACAUCAGGUGUGGCUAAAGUUUUUGCUAUGUGAUUUCAAGAGAGAAAAAGAGGUGGCCAAAGGACUUAAAUUCCACUUAACAACUGUCAACGUUUCAAAUUUAUAUUUAUUUCCUAUUUGAAUAAAAUAAAAUACUUUAAAUGGUAGGUUUUUUGGUCAUGGUCGUAUUUUUUUCCCAGAGAAAAUGAACUGGGUCAAAGUGUUUAUUUUCUUAUUGAAAAGGUCAGAUUUUCUGUUCAGAUUCCUUUUUCCCCUUAGAAUUACUGGAAAGCACUGGACCAUGGAAGCCUUUCUGUUGCAGAACUUGUUGCAAUUUACAUGUUUUCAAAUGUUUGGUUGAAAUGCCAAAUUCUAUUUUAAAAGAUCAUUUAUUUCUGUAGUACUUUGAGACACCUUAUUUCAAGUAAAAAAAAAAAUAAAUCUUCUAUCUGGAGUAAAUACAGUUGAGAGAUGUGAGCAGAGUCCUCAGAGACAAGAACUCUCAAAUUCUGAUGUUGACAGUGAACUUUGCAAUGGUGGUAAGUUAUAUAUUUACAAUCUCUUCCCUCCUGUAAAAUGAGGACAACAGUAAUGGAUAUGGAUUAGGUUGUUGAAAAGAUUCUCUUGUAGGCAGUGACAUAUUAAUAGUGAGGUAUCCUGUAAGUGGUACACAUUGGAAAAGAGAACAUGCCCAAUGCUCUUUAUGCCCAUAGUUCAUGAGGUAGAUAAUUGUGAGUCCUGAGUCAACUGUGAAUUACAAAGACUUUUCUUAAAAUACCACACUCUGAGAGUCCUUCACUUGCUUUCUGGUCCACAAGUAGACUUCAGGAUGGUGAGGGGAUGCUAUUGCAGAUGC